UUCAAAUUCACAGCUCAGGUUCACUCGAACUCCGAUGACCUCCAGCAAAACAAAGAAAACCUACCAACCCCCCUUGUUCUGUGAUUAUAAGCAAACGUUCAUGGUAACGUCUUCUUAGCUCUCAUAGCACUCUCGCAGCCACCUUAAAAUGUCGUUUUCUUCAUCAAGUUUCAGUGCAUCAUACCUCACAAAAUUAUCGACAGACAAAUUAUGUAAUCACACCACUCCAGCUAUCCAAUUCAGGAUCUCUUGUUCUUUCAAGGAACCUUCGUUCCGGUCGCUGAAGUUAGUCUCCUUGAACCAAGUUUUCAGGCGUAAAUGUGUUGACAAUUCAGAUUUAGCGGCCAAAACGGUUGUUGAUCAUGGCCUGGGUUCGAACAGUAAGUUUACUGACGAACCUAGGGAUUUGGAGCCCAGAUUUGAUGGUGGUGGUGGCGGACGCGAUGAUGGCGGCGAUUCUUUUGGUGGCGGCGGCGGUGAUGAUGGGAAAGGGGAAGGUGGUGGUGAUGAGGAGGCGGAGUUUGGUCCGGUAAUAAAGUUCGAGGAGGUUAUGAAAGAGGCGGAGGCGCGCGGGGUGAGGCUCCCUGCGGAUAUGCUGGAAGCAGCCAAGACUUCUGGCCUGCGCAAAAUGUUUCUUCUGCGGUACUUGGAAUUGCAGGGUUCAAUUUGGCCUCUGGGCUUUUUGAUGAAGAACUGCUCUAUGCUUCGUGACAGAAUGUUGGCUGAUCCUUCUUUUCUUUUCAAAGUUGGAACAGAGGUAGUCAUUGAUUCUUGUUGCGCAACUUUUGCUGAAUACCAGAAAAGGGGAAAAGAGUUCUGGUCAGAAUUUGAACUUUAUCUUGCUGAUCUCUUGGUUGGUAUAGUCGUGGACAUUGCUAUGGUUGGUAUGAUGGCACCUUAUGCUCGCUUUGGGCAGCCAUCAGCAACAAGAGGUUUAUUUGGACGCAUGAACCGUGCUUGUGCAGCUCUACCCAGCAGUGUUUUUGAAGCCGAGAGGCCUGGAUGCAGAUUCUCACUAAACCAGCGGGUGGCUACGUACUUCUAUAAGGGUGUAUCAUAUGGCGCAGUUGGGUUUGGAUGUGGUCUCAUUGGCCAAGGCAUUGCAAAUGUGAUCAUGACUGCCAAAAGAAGCAUAACGAAAUCCGAAGAUGACAUUCCCGUGCCACCACUUGUGCAGAGUGCUGCUCUUUGGGGAGUUUUUCUUGGGGUUUCCUCCAACACCCGUUAUCAAAUAAUCACUGGACUCGAACACCUGGUUGAAGCAUCACCCUUGGCAAAGCGAAUUCCACCUGUUGCGAUGGCUUUCACUGUUGGUAUUCGAUUUGCCAACAAUAUUUAUGCUGGUAUGCAGUUUGUUGAUUGGGCAAAACAGAGUGGGGUGCAGUAAGCAGCUACUCAUUUUUUACUGGAUUUUUUGCUUUUUAAAAUUUCCAUCAAAGAUCAGCGAAACGAUCCAACCCUAGAAGGAGAAGAGAGGUUUUCUGCAUGUACAUCUUGAAGCCUUCCCUUUCCGUCUUGGUUUCAUCGCUAGCAAAUUUGCUUGAAUGAGCUGCUGUGGUUAAAUAUCGAAAGCUAACUUCCAUUUUUCUGGGGAAGCUUGUUGGCUUUGUGGCCACGAUUUUUGUAGUUGUUGAAAUCUGUGGACCAUGCACUGCUUAUGUAUUAUUAAUUCAUUGUUAACCAGGAAUGCUGUCUAGAAAUAAAUUAUUAGACUGAAUGAUAUGAUCCCCGGCUCUCUUUUUUUU